CCAUGUCUGCCGCUGCCAUCACCACGACGUCGCUGCCGCUGCCGCUCAUUGCGCGCGGCAAGGUGCGCGACCUGUACGAUGCCGGGCUGCAGCACGCCGACGUGGCGCCCGAGUACCGCGACGCCAUCCUCUUCGUCGCGACGGACCGCAUCUCGGCCUUCGACGUGAUCCUCGACAACGGCAUUCCGGAGAAGGGACCGCUGCUGCACGCCCUCUCGGCCUACUGGUUCGACCUGCUCACGCCGUCGAUUCUGCCCUCGCACCUGCUGGCCACGUCGUGGGACGCCUUCCCGCGCGAGCUGCAGCAGGCACUGGCGCCGGUGCGCGAGCAGGUCGAGGGGCGCGCGAUGCUCGUGAAGCGCGCCCGCGUGCUGCCCAUCGAGGCCAUCGUGCGCGGCUACAUCACCGGCUCGGCGUGGCGCGAGUACCAGCGCAGCGGCACCGUGCACGGCAUUGCCAUGCCCGCGGGCAUGCAGGAGAGCCAGGCGUUCCCCGAGCCGCUCUUCACGCCCAGCACCAAGGCCGAGCAGGGCGAGCAUGACGAGAACAUCCAUCCCGACAAGGUGCCCGGCAUCAUCGGCGAGAAGCUCGCCAAGGCCAUGUCCGAGGCCGCGCUGGCGCUAUACAAGAAGGCCGCCGCCCACGCUCAGUCGCGCGGCAUCAUCCUCGCCGACACCAAGUUCGAGUUUGGCGUCGUCAAGGGCGCCGACGGCGCCGAGCAGCUCAUCCUCGUCGACGAGGUGCUGACGCCCGACUCGUCGCGCUUCUGGGGCGAGGAGGACUACAAGGUCGGCACGUCGCCGUCGUCGUUCGACAAAGAGUUUGUGCGCUCCUGGCUCAAGGCCAACAACAAGCACAACGCCGCCGACACGGGCGAGAAGGUGCGCCUGCCCGACGACGUCGCGCUGCGCACGGCGGAGAAGUACAAGGAGGCCUACGCACGCAUCACCGGGCGGACAUGGCAGGGCGCGGCACAGUAA